UCUUCCGGGUGGGGCCCUGGGCCGAGGCGAUGGCGCCUUGGGCGCUCCUUAGCCCUGGGGUCCUGGUGCGGACCGGGCACACCGUGCUGACCUGGGGGAUCACGCUGGUGCUUUUCCUCCACGAUACCGAGCUGCGGCAGUGGGAAGAGCAGGGGCAGCUGCUCCUGCCCCUCACCUUCCUGUUCCUGGUGCUGGGCUCCCUGCUGCUCUACCUGGCCGUAUCGCUCAUGGACCCAGGCUACGUGAACGUUCCGCCCCAGCCCCAGGAGGAGCCCAAGGAGGAACAGACAGCCAUGGUCCCUCAGGCCAUCACCCUUAGGCGCUGCAGAUACUGCCUGGUGCUGCAGCCCCUGCGGGCCCGGCACUGCCGGGAGUGCCGCCGCUGCGUCCGCCGCUAUGACCACCACUGCCCCUGGAUGGAGAAUUGUGUCGGGGGACGCAACCACCCGUUAUUCGUGGCCUACCUGGCGCUGCAGCUGGUGGUGCUUCUGUGGGGCCUGUCCCUGGCAUGGUCAGGCCUCCGGUUCUUCCAGCCCUGGGGGCUGUGGCUGCGGUCCAGCGGGCUCCUGUUUGCCACCUUCCUGCUGCUGUCCCUCUUCUCAUUGGUGGCCGGCCUGCUCCUGGCCUCGCACCUCUACCUGGUGGCCAGCAACACCACCACCUGGGAGUUCAUCUCCUCACACCGCAUUGCCUACCUCCGCCAGCGGCCUGGCAACCCCUUCGACCGCGGCCUGACCCACAACCUGGCCCACUUCUUCUGCGGAUGGCCCUCAGGGUCCUGGGAGACCCUCCGGGCCGAGGAGCAGGAGGAGGGCAGCAGCCAGGCUGUUUAGGAUCGCUGGAGGUGGGGCCCCCAUCUUGUGCCUGAAAACCCAAGGGGUUGUACCCGGCUGGGGUCAGCCUGUAGAGGGCCUGGGGCCCCUCACUCCUGCCUGCUCCUCCCAGGCCUCAGAGCAGAGCUUUGAGACAGAAUCCCCACCUCAGUGGGCAGUUCUCUCUCCCAAGAGAAGAGGGGAGGAACAGGAUCUGUAGGGGGCUCGGGCACAAAUGGACCCCAGGCUCCACCCUGCCCACAAACCAGGCUGCGUCCAGUGCACAGUUUUACAAAUUUAAUAAUCCAUAAAGCAAGUCAAGUAUUAAAAAGACAAACCAAAA